CUCUCUCUCUCUCUCUCUCUCUAUCUCUCUCACACACACACACACACACACAUCUUCCGGAACGUGGAACGCCUUCGCCUCCCCUUCCCCUUUGAACCACAGGAGAAGAUAGCAGAGUCUUCUUGAAGAGCUCACGCCUUCCGUUGCUCUCCCGCGAAAUGCAGGACUUCCAUCCUUUACCCGGUCGCGUCUUCUGUGGCGGCGGAAGAGCUGGGGCCGAGCUACGCCGCCUCGUGGGAUACCCUGGGGCGGCCGUGGUGCAGCAGCAGCCGGUGAAGUGCCCACGCUGCGAAUCCACCAACACCAAGUUCUGCUACUACAACAACUACAACCUCUCGCAGCCCCGCCACUUCUGCAGGUCCUGCCGCCGCUACUGGACCAAGGGCGGCGUCCUCCGCAACAUCCCCGUCGGCGGUGGCUGCCGCAAGUCCAAGCGCCCCUCCUCCUCUUCCUCCAAAUCCUCCUCCAAGCCACCCCCCGCCGCGGCCGAUAAGGAGCACCAACGCCGCCGCCUCCCUUCCUCCGCCUCCCGGUGUAGCAGCGAGAGUACCAACCUCACGGUCGCCACCACCUUCGCGGCGCCGUUCCCCGGUCAGGCGCUCCUCAACUCCCAGAUCUCCAUCUCCAACCCCAACCCUCCGUUCGAAUCACCCUUACAAGUGGAUCCUCCUCUCUGUCCGGCGCCGGAGAUCUUCCCGGAUCCUGCCGCGGGUACCGUCACGGCAGCCCCGGCGGAAGUGAUCAGGCUGGAAUUCAUAGGUCAAACGGCCACCUCGGCUCCCAGGUCGAUCAGCGGCGGCGGCGGGCUCGCCGCGCUAGAUUGGUCCGGGCCGGUGGACCCCACGCUCUUCGAUCUCACCACCACCGUCGAUCCUACGGCGUACUGGAAUCAGAGCCAUUGGGCGGACGCCGACCCCACCAUCUAUCUGCCUUAGUCCCUUCAUCAACGGAAUCAACUUCGCUGCCCGAAUCUUAAUGCACAUAUAUUUCUUUUCUCUCUUUUUUUUUUUAUUAUUCUUGUGAUGAUGUUUUUUUUUGUUUUUGGGGGGUUUGAAUGUUUAAAUUGAGCCUUUGGUUGAUAAAACGACGGCUUUCGGCUGCAACAAUGGCAAGAGAUAUUUAUGGAAGGAGGAAAUGUAAGGGUGUGAUUUUUUUUAUGUAUGCAAAUGCUUAAUAUAUAUGUAUUCCAAUAUUGGUUUGGGUGUUAUUUUUAAGGAAAAGUUACAUAAAUAUCUAAA